UUAUUUAUUUUGUUUAUAUUAAAAGAACAGAGAAAUUCUUGCAGAUUUUGCCGAUUAAAUAAAUGUUUAGCUGUUGGAAUGAAUCCAAGAGCGAGCGUGUUCUGCCACCUUCACAGACUGAAAAUAAUGAAAUUAGAAUAGUUUCUUCUUGUAUUUCUACUAAAAGAGCGAUUAUAUCUUGUGUUCAAAGUUCCCGUUCAAUUGAAACACAAACUGAGUUUGUACUAAGGAUUUUUUAA